GCGGACAACGGACAACCAGCUACUUAGCGGCCGUUGGAAACAAAACCGGAGUCCAAAGCAAGUUCUCAUGUUACCAGGUUAAACCCCUGCUAGCCCGACAGCUCCUUCCAGUUUGGACUGUUUCUUGUUUUUAGAGGCUGAAGAAGUUUGUGGUGAAGAUGGGAGUACCAAAAUUUUACCGCUGGAUUUCGGAGCGCUACCCUUGUCUGAGUGAAGUUGUGAAGGAACAUCAGAUUCCAGAGUUUGACAAUUUCUAUCUGGACAUGAAUGGUAUCAUCCACCAGUGCUCUCACCCGAACGAUGAGGAUGUCCAUUUUCGCAUUUCUGAAGAAAAGAUUUUUGCAGACAUCUUUCAUUAUCUGGAGGUGCUAUUCAGGAUCAUCAAGCCCCGCAAGGUCUUCUUUAUGGCUGUGGAUGGUGUGGCACCAAGGGCAAAGAUGAACCAGCAGAGAGGACGCAGAUUCAGGUCCGCCAAAGAAGCAGAGGAAAAGAUAAAAAAAGCUUUGGAUAAAGGAGAGGUGCUUCCCACUGAGGCUCGCUUCGACUCCAACUGUAUCACUCCUGGCACUGAGUUCAUGGCGAGACUUCAGGAACAGCUCAAGUAUUUCGUCCACAACAAGCUCUCCACUGACAAGCUGUGGCAGAACGUCAAAGUCUACCUGUCCGGUCACGAGACACCAGGGGAGGGAGAGCAUAAAAUCAUGGAGUUUAUUCGGUCAGAGAACGCCAAGCCCAGUCAUGACCCCAACACCCGACACUGCCUGUACGGCCUGGAUGCUGACCUGAUUAUGUUGGGUUUGACCAGUCAUGAGCCAAAUUUCUCCCUCCUGAGGGAGGAAGUCCGCUUUGGAGGGAAGAAAUCCCAGAAAAGGAUAACGGCCCCCGAGGAGACCACUUUUCACUUGCUUCACUUGUGUCUGAUGAGGGAGUACAUAGACUAUGAGUUCUCUGAGCUCAAGAAUCAUAUUGGUUCAGAUUACGACCUGGAGCGAAUAAUAGAUGACUGGAUUCUAAUGGGCUUCCUAGUAGGAAAUGACUUCAUCCCUCACCUCCCUAACCUUCACAUCAAUCAUGAUGCUUUGCCGUUGCUGUACAAAACCUACAUCAACGUACUACCAAGUCUGGGGGGUUAUCUGAAUGAGAACGGCCACUUAAACCUCAGAAACUUUGAGAAAUACCUGGAGAGGCUUGCUAAGUUUGACCGGGAACAUUUUAGUGAGGUGUUCACGGACUUGAAGUGGUUUGAGAGUAAAGUUGGUAACAAAUAUCUGAAUGAAGCAGCUGGACUGGCAGCUGAGAAGGAAGCUGCCAGCAGAGACUCCAGAAAGAGCGAGGAUCCUGCUCUCUGUCUGGCAGCUCUGACCUCAUCAGAAAAAGUCACCAGAGAAGAAAAAGCAGCUGUGGCAGAUGAGGAGGAGGAGGAGGAUGAUCUCUUUGAAACGGAGUUCAGACAGUACAAACGCACGUACUACAUGAACAAGAUUGGCGUGGAUGUGGUGUCUGAUGAGUUUCUAGCCAACCAAGCCAAGUGUUAUGUGGAAGGUAUCCAGUGGAUUCUCCACUACUAUUACCAUGGAGUUCAGUCCUGGAGCUGGUACUACCCCUACCACUACGCUCCCUUCCUGUCUGACAUCAGGAAUGUAUCGGAGUUAAAGUUGACCUUUGAGCUUGAACGACCCUUCAUGCCCUUCCAGCAGCUGUUGGCAGUCCUGCCUGCUGCCAGCAUGGAACUGCUUCCUGAGUGCUACAGGCACCUGAUGACUAGUGAAAGGUCGCCUAUUAUUGAGUACUACCCUCUGGACUUCAAAACUGACCUGAAUGGCAAGCAGCAGGAAUGGGAGGCUGUGGUGCUCAUUCCAUUCAUAGAUGAGAGGUGCUUACUAGGAGCCAUGGAGCCCUGCAACAGCAAGCUGACAAAAGAAGAGAAGGCCAGGAAUCGCCACACAGAGUGCGCAGUCUACUCGUACGACAGCGAAAUAGACGUCACCUACACCUCCCCCCUGCCUCAGCUGUUCCCCGACAUCGUCCACUGCCACGUCAGGGCAGCACAUAUUCCCAUGGAUGCUUGGCAAGUUGCAUUAGAUCAUGUGAGCAAGCCUGUUGACCGCUCAGCUCUGUACUUCUGUGGCUUUCCCACCUUGCAACACAUCAAACAUAAGUUUUAUAAGAAGAAGGGUGGGGUGGUCGUGUUCCAGCAGAGUAGCAGAGGGGAGAACAUGUUGCUGGAUAUCCUUCCCAGCCAGGAAGUCGACACGACAUGUGAUGAUGUUGCUGCACAAAUACUGGGAAAGUCUGUAUUUGUCAACUGGCCCCAUCUAGAGGAAGCCCGCAUCAUUGCAGUGUCAGAUGGCGACACUAAAUUUUAUCUUGAGGAACCACCAGGUGUCCAAAGAGUGUACGACAGGCCAUCUACUCCUCCUCCCACCAAAGUCACCUGUCUGUCUGACAAAGAGCAGAAAGAAUGGAUAAAGGAUGUCCAGGGGAUUACUGAACAUUACUUGAAGAGGAAAGGCAUCGUGGUGAAUGAGACACUGGUGGUUUUAUACGGCCAGCUGCUGAUAGGAAGGAAAUACAUUCCCAAAGCCAACGGUGUGGUGGAACUGGAGAAACAGUGGGCCAAACAGGUCCUCCCCUUUGCCUACCAGACAGUUGUUAAGGACAUCAAGGCCUUUUACUCGUCUUUGGCCUGCUUCAAGAGCUUAGAUGAGCUCUUUCCUCCAACAACAACCGUCUUCAUGGUGGGAAACCCGUACUAUGGAGCCAUGGGAGAGGUGCAAGAUUCUCAAGAUGUCAUCAAAGACGGGCGGAUACGGGUGGUCUUCAGCGUGCCACAUGAGCCACAGCUGGAGCCCUUAAUCCACAAUCAACACAAAUACAGUGUGAAAUACAGUCCUGGGUACGUUCUGGCCUCUCGUCUCGGCAUUACCAGUUAUCUCGUCUCCCGCUUCUCCGGAAGCAUCUUCAUUGGUAGAGGCUCUAAGAGGAAUCCCUGUGGGGAGCAAAGAGCCAAUGUCGGCCUGAACCUGAAGUUCAACAAGAAGAACGAGGAGGUUCCCGGAUACACCAAGAGAACCGAAAAAGAGUGGCUGUACUCAGCAGCUGUGGAGGAACUGCUAGCUGAAUACCUGGACAGAUUUUCAGAAGUGUUUGACACCGUGUCCAGAAACAGUCACGAUGAUGUUUUCUAUGAAGAUGACAUUUGGCCUGGAGAGGACCAGAAUGGGGCAGAGAAGGUGGCAGAAAUCACUUCGUGGUUAAAAAGUCACCCAGUGAGCUCCAUCAGCAGGGCGUCAUGUGACCUCCAAGUGCUGGAUGCUGCUAUCGUAGAGAGGAUCGAGGAGGCAGUGGAGAAGUCCAAGGUCAAAAAGAGCACCAAGAAAGUCCGUGUCACAGUCAAGCCUCAUCUCCUCUUCAGGCCCUUGGAACAGCAGCAGGGUGUGGUUCCAGACCCGGAUGCAGAAUAUCGUCUGUUUGACAGAGUCAUCAACAUCAGGGAGAGCUUCACCGUCCCGCUGGGACUCAAAGGGACAAUCACUGGCAUUAAAGGAGCGGACCGUGAAGCAGAGGUUCUCUAUGAAGUGCUGUUUGAUGAAGAGUUUGCCGGAGGUCUCAACAUCAGGUGUACAUCUCCUCGUUGUUACCGCCUCCCUCCCUGCGCUCUGAUUAACCUUUCCCACGGAGCCCGCGUGGAUCACACCGGCCACAAACUCACCGCCAUCGUCAAACCGCAGCCCGCCACUGGCGCCAACUUCAACUCACACCGGCAGCUGGCAGGCCUUAACCACUCACCUCGUUCACCUUUUGUCCCCACACAGCAUAACAACAAACACGGUGCGGUGAAGGCUGCCUCACAGGGCAGCAGGAACUCUCCCUCCAAAGGUCCCACCCAGAAACACCAGCCCAAGAACAAAGACGAGUACAGUAAUGUGUGGCAGUCUCUGCAGAACACAGGCCCUCCUAACAAACCUCCUGCUCACUGGCACAACAGUGAAGGACAUUCCCAACAAGUGAGGAAUGAACCUGCCAACAAAGCUACCCCACCUGCUGCCAUCAGACUAUUGAAGAAAAAUGAAGAUAUCAGCUUCCUUAACCCCUCACAGAACACAGCCAAUAAGGCUGCGACUGAAUUUGAAGACCUCCUUGCCAGUCUAAAAAUCUCCAAGAGUAGCCAGCAAACUCCACCCCCUCCUGCGCCUCCACAAGAGCCCAACAGUCAGCCAGAUGGCCCGCUGUCCCCACAGUCUUUUGCCAUGAAGGGAACCCUGGUGCUGAAGGAGAUGCUUAAAAUUGACAGCACUGGAACAGGAAGUCCAUCUCCUCAAGAGACAUUGAACAGCACCCCCGCUGCUGGCCAGCAGCAGAACAGGAGACGAUCGUCAAAGAAACUCGCUGCAAAAAUAAACGUGCCCCACGGUGACGCACCUGUGCCAGCUUCUCAAGCGUCUGCUGCCUCUGCUAACACCAUGCUGAGCAGUAAGGUGUCAGAACUGGCCUGCAUCUGUGGGGCUUUAGGUAUGGCACCACCUGACUUCAGCUUCAUACGCAACAGACAGGGUCUAGUGGUGUGUCAGGUGAAACUGUCCAACGGGUUGAUGGUUCAUGGUCCACAGUGCCAGUCGGAAAACGAUGCCAAGGAGAAAGCUGCCUUCUUAACGCUUCAAAGACUGAACUCAGUAGGGUCAGGCUUCCCCCUUCCACCACCUCUGUACAGAGGAGUGGGUCAGAUACGACCUCCACACAUAGGAGCCAUGCCCUCUGUCUUCAACCAACAAGGUGGUUUGCUGUUGCCCCCCCAGGCUUAUGGUCCUGCCCCUCUCUGGGGAAUGACAGUGCCUCCUCAUCACCACCACAACCAGCCAUUCUAUGGAGCACCGGGGACUUUCCCCGGUGCUGCCCGCCCCCAGCCUGCACCAGCGCUGCCCAUUGGCUCACACAACCAGUUCAUCCCAUUACAGGUGACUAAGAAACGAGUGUCGGCCAACAAAAAGAACCAAGAAACUCGAGAGUUUUACAGCGCUGCCCAAACCGUUGCUAAGAACCAAUCACAGAAAACCCAGAACCAGCCGACUGGCCAGUUGCAAGCUCAGACUGAAGCACAGAGCGGUAAAGUCCAUCAGCAAGCUGCCAACAGUGACCCCUCCUCUGGUGACGCCACGACAACAGGGGCGGCCCAACAUACACCCCCUCGGCAAAACGUGCCAGCAACAGGCCACACCCCCAGCUCCGCCUCCAAGAGACGGCGGAGGAAGCUAGCAGUCAACUUUGAGGCAGCAAAGGUGUCUCAGUCAUGAGCUUGGGUGUGUUUGUACUCAUGUGUGUAUGUGUAUGUAUGUGUGUAUAUCUGACUUGGUGUCUGAGAUCAGAAUCUCAUCAAUGUGAAAGUCUGUGUUCACUCAGCAUUUCAGAGCAGAGAGCUGCUUCAGACAAGUUUUUUUUUUUUUUGUUCCCAGCAAACAUGUUAACUCUGACGCCGCCUUCACUGCCCAACUCACAGACACCCACUCAGUGGAGAUGUGCCAGAUUAUCAUAGUACCCCACUAAAGAAGGUUUAUUACAGCGCAGCUUUGUGCUAACUUUGUGUUUGCUCAGUCGGUGCUGAGGUGACAAACCCAAACACUCAAGACUACAACCGCGCUUCAGAAUCUAAAACUGAAAGCAUUGCUUUUCAUAAUUUAAUAUGCUAAAAUCAGCUGUUUUUAGUCAAUAAAAUGCCCAGAAACAGGAGAAAAAAAAAAUCCCCCUUUUAUUUCCCCACAGUUUUAAAAUGUCUUGUUUUAUCUGAUAAACAGUCCAGAACUCAAAGAUUCAGUUUAGGCAUGUAUGAUAAAGAAAAGCAUAAAAAUGAAGCUAGUACCAGCUAACAUUGGCAUACUUCCCUUAAAACAAUAUUAAAUUAAUUUAUUACACAUUUUCAUUUAGUCUGUAUGAACUUGCGUAUGCAUUCAUGGUGUAGCGUAAUCACAGCUUGUGGUCAGCCUUUCUUAGACCUGAGUCACGCAGGCUUAGAGACUGGUUGGUGAUUUCCUGGCAACCUUCUGACACUAGGGAAAAUGGUGUUAUUUCUUCACCAGUGGGUGAGUGGUUGCUUGCUGUUGCCGGAUGAAAUCACAUGCAGGGGCGUGCUGCACCAUAAACCUUGCGAUUCCUGUUGUCACCAACAGAUUGCUGCGGCCACCCCUGGUUUGCAUGAAAGAUGCCAACUUUUCACGCUUACUGUUUGCUCUCUGAGCUGCAGUGAAACUUUCAGUGCAGGACCCCAUGCCUCUUCAGGCUGAUUUCAGGCAAUUUCGCACUAGCAACUGCCAGCAACCAUUUGCCAACCAGUUGCAGAAUACACAUUUUUCCCAAGCGACCUUUGGCUGCCAGGAGGUCACUGACUGAUCUGCAUGACUGGGGCCUUAUCUGACUACCUGUGUUUGUUGCCUCCAUAGCUUUUAUAGGACACUGCUCUCAGCAGUGACUGUGGGGACUGCAAUGUUGUCUUAGCCAGUAGAUGUGAUCCCUAGAGUUACAUGCAUGAACCUCAAAUAGUAAUAAACCAGCAGCUUUCCUCGCCUGCUUCAGCAGAGAACAUUAGUGUCCCUGGACGAUCAGAUUUGGAACUAUUCUUGCGACAGAAUUUUAUUCCCAGUGUUUAAGAGCCUCACAUUGAAGUGUGACACUGCCUUAAAAAGUGCAUUUUCUUCAUUCAGAACACUUUGUGGAGAAUAUUCCCAAACUGAAGAAACAACCACUGAUUAAAGACAAAUUUUUUUUUUUUUUUUAAUUUUAAACAGGAUCUUUAACAUAACUUAAAAAUAUGCAUCACCUGAGUCGUAUAUAGCAUUUCAUAUUCCCUUGACUGGGCAUUAACUUUGAACAGCGUGUAGAGUUGGACUCUCUCACAGCUCCUCUGACAGCAUCAGUGUUGUCUGUCUACACCUCUUGAAAAUAUUGCCUUGCCAGCUGAGAGGUUUUCACAGACUCCAGGAGUUGUUAGAUGAAGCCCCCCCCCCCCCCCCCCGUUAACCUGGAGUGCAGACCCCAAACCCCCCAAAAACAUCCAAUGUGGAUCUAGUUCUCAGGGCCCCGUAGCUGUGGUAGAAGCCUUUUUCAUCAUCAUCUGGAAGCUACAUCAGUUGUUUCACACUUUAGGAAGAACAUAACCUUUUUUAAUCAGGUUGUUGAUGCAUUUAUUAUGCAGAAAUCUGGGCCUUCUAUUAUUGCUACAGCCACUUGUGUCAUCGUAGAUCAGCUCAUCACAUUUGGAUUGGUGGUGAUGUAACGUUUUUGGUGUUUGGUCAUCGUUUGCACACAGCCUUUUAUUUACUUCAGACUUGCGGGGGGGUUUUUUUGUUUGUUUUUUUGCUCUUUUUUAAAAAGCUCUUUUUGUGCUUUAACAGCACCUGCAAGCAACACAGCAAAUGCACACUGCCUACACAGAUGCAGAAUUUUUGAAUCCUCCCCUCUCUCGUUCGUGCUCUCGCUUGCACGCGCGCGCGCACACACACACACACACACACGCACACUUGGUUAUAAUGCGUGUUGCAGAGCUGUUUAACACCACCACAGAGCCAGACCACCUGCAGAAUUGAACAAUUUCCAAAAACAUCUUGUCUAUAGAACUGAUUGGAUGGAUUUAUUAUGGUUAAUAAAUAAAAAAAAGAAAAGAUUUUAACUCUAUUUUUGAGUCGCGGUCGUUGAGUCGACCUUGAACUUUUGAAUGACCAAAAUCAAAUUGUUUGGAGCAGCCUGCUGCAGCUAUUAUUUAUAAUAAGGAGCCUGUUAUUUUCUGUGCCACUCACUGUGGAAACUUUUUUUGUUUUUGCUGGCCUUUAUACCCAACUAAUAAUUAUCUGUGUACAGUGUUAAAUUUCCACGUCUUGAGAAUAAUGGAAGUUUUUGGAAUUUUUUGAUCUGUUUGUCAAAUUUCUGACUAAUGACCUUCAUCGCAUGCACUGAUUUUAAUUUCAAGAUUUAUUUCACUGUUACUAGGUUGCUGUCAGCUGUGUAGAGCACAGGAGCCUCACACAGCUGAUCAGGUGUAGGACCUGAUAUAGUCUUGUUUGAGUGGCUUUAUAUGUGUGCAAAUCCAGCCAAAAGAAAGCAGUACAAGUUUAAUCCAAAACAUGCACUCCUUCAUGGAGUGAACUAGGUGACUAAGAUGCUUUUGGAAACAUUUCUCAGGUCCUGGUUGGUGCUUUUCUAAAUCUGAUAUAAAUUCUCAGCUGAGUUAGCCACCGCCACACAUCACUACACAGCCACACACGCAUAAAUACUCUCCAUUUUAAUAAGGAUUUUCUUUUUCAAGUGAUGGAUUUUACAGACAUCUUUUUUUUUUUUAAUAGAUGAUAUUGGUAGUCUUUUGUAAGUAAUUGGAAUAUCACUUCAGUAAUGUUUGUAGUGAAGCCACCGUAGAGACAAAUUAAAUUGUAUUUACCCAGACCUUGUUUUGAGGGAUGAAGGCCUACAGUAUUUUCUUUCUUUAAGACUGACACCCUCAUAGCCACCUUGGGACUGAAGUCUGUAAGGGUCUGGUGCAAUAAGGGGAGGUUUUAAAACUUUUUUGGAGAUUGAAGCACAGCUGUUGUCUUUUUUGGGGGGGGAGGUGGGGGCUGGGGAAGGAAUUAAAAGAUUAUGAAAAGAUAACAGAAGAUGGAGCAUUAUGGACUUGCUGU